UUUCAAUAAUUUCUAGAGAUUUGACGUGGAAUUCGAGUCCGGGCCAGAAAAAAAGAGAGGAGCGGCGGGGGGUGAUGGUAAAUUUUUAUUUUAGUAGGUACGUGUAAAUUUUAAAAAACGCCUCAUGGUUUCGAAAGAAUGGUUACAAAAACAAGUCCCAAGCUCUAAGCCCAUGGGAGAAUGAUUAGAUCUGAUCAAGUGAUCAAUUCUGAUCGGAUCUAAACGUCCGUUUGGCCAUCCAAUCAAAUUGAAUCAAAUGAAUGCCUCGAUCUAAUCGGAUCUAAUCAGACCUGAUCAAAUAUACUUAUUUGAGCAGUUGUACACAAACCUAAUUAUAGAUUUAAUCUAAUAAGCCCAAACAGAUCUGAUUGGAUUUAAUCAUAUUUCAUCUUUUUACUCUGCAUAGAUACGAGCAUGAUAUCAUCAGUUUGGAUAAACUCAGAUGUGAUCAGAUACUCGUAUGCUAAUUUUCCUGAUUUGAUCCAAUCAGAUCUAAUCUUUUUCCACUCGCACCUUUUGAGAAUCAUUUGAAUAAUCACGACGUUUUGUAAUAGAGUUUUUUUUGCCAAUCUUUUAAGUUCUAAACGCCAUGAUAUUCGAAAAAUUGCAACGAGUCACACACAUGUACCAACUUCGUAAUGAACAAGUGUGCUUUUGAUGAAAAAAAAAUAUACGAUUUUGCGAGCAGAAAAUUUUCCCGAGAAAUACGAGUAUAUGAACAUUUAUUAAGUAUAUGCAACAUAAGCUGUAAAACGUAAUUUUUCAUUUUUGUGUUUUCUACGUGUCAAAUAAAUUAGUAAAUGUUUCUUUCAAGUUCUGUACCUACGUGUUUAAUUUUUAUUAUUCGCAUCAUAAAAAUCGAAUCGAAUAAUCAAUUUUUUCAUUACUAUCGCGCAGGUCGAACAACGUUGCAUCAAACUUUAUCACCCAACUCCAACCAGCCAUUUGGAAAAAAAACACUAUCUCAUUCUUACUUCCAAAAUACCACCAACAUUUUUGAUAUUUUUUACUUCGUGUGAACCAAAAAUGUUCCGAGUUCUAACGCUAGUUCUAUUCUGCAAUUUGAUCGGGUCCAUCAUCUCGCCAAGCGAACAUUCAGAUGGAACACCAAUCGGUCAAGUUCACGGAGAUGGACAUACAAAUCACUCUCCUCCUCUUCCUCCUCCUCCUCCACCAACACCACCACCACCACAAACAGGCCAAAUAAUUCCACCAAAUUACGCCGCUCCUGUACCAGGCCACAUCCCAGAUCCGAAUUUACACCACGUACCAACUCCUUCAUCACCACCUCCUGGUCCUAUAAUCGAUAACUCUCUACUGGGCAUACUAAAACGUACCACUAGCUACGGCGAACCAAUAGAAAAAUUACAAAAAUCUUCCACAGAGUUUUGGAAACAUUUACGCGACUACGCGAUACAAAAGGCUCAAGAUGCUGCUGCUGAAAAAGACGGACACAGACGAGACCAUCACGAAGAUCACUGGUCAAAAGUAGAGCAAAGUUUUAAGAAAGUACUUAACGAUAUGGGUUCUAUUGGAAAACACAACAUGAAGCAGAAUUUUAAACACACUGAUAAAGCAAUCUCGGAUCUUCGAGAGAAUCCUCAUGAUGAACACAGACAAGGUGAAUUACGAAAAUCACUAGUGAAGGAUUUGCAAAAUCCUAUAUCUACCUUGUUCCCCAGCCCACUGCCUAGUCUUGGGAGAUUAUAUAGUUUUUUGACCGGUGGCGAUGGUGUCAAUAAAGACGUUCAUGGUGAGCACCAUGGGUCGAAAGAAGGCCAACAUAUUGUACAUAUGGGGCAUCCUCCUCAUGAUCCCAGUAAAGAUCACCUCGGACAUAGUGGACCAACUUUAUUGACUUCUGAAGGUAAUCUUAUUCAUCCUGAUCAUAUUAUUCGGGAUCAUGAGGGUAAAGAGCAUCAUCAUGAUAAAGAUGGACACUCCAGAGACAGACAUAUGGAUCAUGUGAACUCUAUUAAUCAUCAAGGUCCCAUACCACCUGAAGGUUCGGUUGUACAGAACGUACUUGAAAAAUUCCUCUACUAUUUUCCCAUCGAUAAAUUCAUAGCGUAUCUGGUCACAAAUAAUAAGCAGCAUUGAAUCAGAUUCUCAUAAUUUUCAAACUUCAUUAGAGUACCUACCUAAUCAAUAAGGGUGUUUUGUACGAUAAAUUUAAUAAAGGCUUUUGUCCGAUUUUUCAAGAA